CUGACGCUUUUGCUUAAUGGCACGCGACUAUGGAUGUAGUUAUAAGAGUCCUCGCGUGUCAGCCUUCAACUGAACUAUCUCUUGAGCAUCCAGAGGCAGCGCAAAGAGCAAACUUGUUGUUACUGGGCAACACGAAAACAACAGCAAAAAAUGGACACUGUCUUGGAUACAUUUACAGGACUGGACUCCUUCUCCUCCCCUUAUUUUGACGAGGAUGAUUUCUUUACUGACCAGUCCUCCAGGGACCACUUGGACACAGAUGAGUUUCUGGAUGACGAUGUCGACUUUCUCACCAGCCAUUUCCAAGAUUACUACAAGGACAGCAGGAUAGCGCACGAUGGGGACUACUGUGAAAUUGGCAACUUUUCCUUCUCUUCCUCCUCUUCUACCUUCUCGUAUGAAUGCACUGACAGCACCUCAGAGCUGUCACCUCAGAUGGGAGGAGAUGUCCCGAUGCUAAAAAGGCGGAGGCGGAUGAGGUCCGAUAUGGAGAUGCAACAUUUACGGCAGGCUGCUAACGUCCGGGAGCGGCGGAGGAUGCAGUCCAUUAACGAUGCUUUCGAGGGACUCCGGUCUCACAUCCCCACUCUACCAUACGAGAAGAGGCUCUCCAAAGUCGAUACUCUGCGCCUGGCCAUUGGCUACAUCAACUUCCUCGCUGAGCUCGUGCAGUCGGACAUGCCCAUCCGAAACUCCAACAGUGACGCACCGACUCAACCCAAAAAAGUUAUAAUUUGCCACAGAGGAACAAGUAAGUAUUUCAUAUAAUUAGAUAAUGAUAAUGACUUAAUUUUGGACUGUAUUGUUACUCAUUUGUUAAAGACUUGGUUCGUUACUAAUAAUGUGUCCCCUUCUCAGGAUCUCCGUCUCCAAGUGACCCUGACUACGGGUUGCCUCCCCUUGCCGGCCACUCUCUGUCCUGGACAGACGAGAAACAGCUGAAAGACCAGAACAUCAUUAGAACCGCUAAAGUCUGGACACCCGAGGACCCACGGAAACUGCACAUGAAACCCUCCAUGAACAACAUUGAAAACGAGCCUCCUUUCAGCUUAACCUCAGCCCAAUAAAUGUUAUAUUUAUGUCUAAAAGUAUGUAUUUUUAUACACACAUUGUAAAUCCAUGUUAAUAUAUAACGUUGUCUGUAACGUUGAUUAUUUACGUGUAAAUAUGUAUUUGUCAAUGUUCUCCUAAUUAAGGC